GAUCAUCGCCAAGCAACUGACCAUCACAUUCAGAAGGACCUUAAGAUUAAGUCUGAGGUUAAUGUUUCUUUAGAGCCUACACAACUGUCUGUGCCCAUAUUGCACACUGCAGUGCCAGAUUCAUUGGAUUCUGAUCUUCUACAAUUCUUCCCAACUGCUUGUCAGUUUAUAGAUUCUUACAUGGCUCCAAACUGUGCUGUUCUUGUUUCCUCUACACUGGGGAUCAGUCGAUGCAGUACUGUGAUCAUAGCAUAUCUUAUACAUGCCAGAAAAUGGACACUGCAGGAAGCUUGGAACCAUGUUCAUAAAUGUAAAAACAACAUGAGACCAAACAGAGGAUUUGUGCAGCAG